CUCUAGAGCAGUCGUAGCAAGUACCACCGCAGAGAGCUAGGGAGCGACACGAGCCAACCGGGUUCGCUUCAUAUCCUUGUCCCAACAGCCGGGCAGACGAGCAGCAACAGCGAGGUAGGUGCUGAUUAUCUAUAGACAGACCGCGGCCAGUGAUGGACGACUUCACCUUCCCUACAACGGCCGCCGCGGCAGAGCAUGCGGAGCCACUGUUCCUACAUCACCACCACCGCCUUCUCCCCUUCCCCCACUUCGCCUCCUCGCCGCUCUGGUUUCCCAGCGACGGCGUCGCCGUUACACCGGUGGUGGCCGUGGUGAGCCGCCGAACCGUGGACGGCAUGGAAGAGCAAGAGCCCACGUCGUCGGACUCGGCCGCCGGACGACGGUCCAAGGGGGAGAGGGGAGGAGAAGCGGAUGAAGGGGUGGUCGUGCGCGCUGCCGGCGCGGACGGCGAGGACAAGAUGGACAUGCUGUGGGAGAACUUCAACGAGGAGCUGCGGCGCGCCGGUUCUUGCUCGAAGACGGCGGCGUGCGGGCUGGACGAGCUGUCGGACACGGAGUCGGAGGCGGGGGAGCGCGGGCGCGGGUGGGCGCCGAUGCUGCGGGCGUCGUCGAGGGCCGGCGGGACGGGGCAGUACUACCGCCGGAGCGGCAGCUGGGUGCUGCUCAUGAGGAUCUUCAAGAGGCUCUUCGUCGUCGAGAAGACGACCAUCUCCGCCGCGCAUCGGCGCCACUAGGCCAAGGCAGCAGAGUGAUGCGUACAUGCACACAGCACACGUACAGCAUGCACACAAUCGCCUGAGGCAUCCUUGGGAUGCAAAUGCGGAGUAAGUUAAGUUAUACUAGACGGACAUGAGUAAUUAAGCGUUCAUCUUCCUUGCUACUCCUUUUGUUUCUGGUAAAAUAUAUAGAAAGUCAAGACCCGUGGAGAUUCUUUUGUAUUUACCCACUUGUCACUAAGCCAGGAGAUGUGUCCUGUCAUGAAUCACGAUCUUGUGGUAAAUUAUAUUAUGAGUUAUUAAGUGUUCGUGAGUGGCGUAAGUGUAAUUAGAGUUCAUCUGAACAAAGAAACUCGGUUAUAUAUCACCCCAUUUUCUUGCA